UUUUCUAAAAUAAUUCAACACCUGAUUUGUCUUUACCGUGUUUGUUAUUUGUUAUCGUGAGGAAAAAAAUAUUAGCUUUAGCCUAAGAGGAGUAUUUUUUUCUUAAAUCCUGGCAAUGGCGUGGGACAAGUUGGCGAGCUCUUCAGUACGCCACGCGCGCCCCGAGAAAGAGACGAUAUCAAUCAUGAGCGAGCCGUUGCCCGGAUUCAAGCAGAGCAGCUACCAGCAGAGUUUCAUGACAUAUCCGGACGUCCCGGAGGUCUCGCCGCGGUUCAUGCGUGCCAUCAACAGGGAGUCGCCGUUCCAUUCCGACAGAUACAAAACCCAGGACGAUUCAACCGAAGGGACAGAGUCAGGAGAUGACAAAAUCAGGACUUCAACUAGUACAACUUCAUCGACGUGUAGUACAAAGAAGACGACCAUUAAUCUGUUAGAGGGUGAUGCGUCUCGUGACAAGAUACCCUUGCUGGAAAAGGAGCAUUUGUCUUCAAAGUUGGCACCGGGGAAACUUUUUAGGUCACAGUACGUCCAAGCGUCUCCAGGAAAAGAGAUUGACGAAUUCUGGCGACCCGAAAAUUGCAUAAGAUGCAAGCAACCUAUAACGGACACGGAGAAUUUCGGAAAUAAAACUGUCUCGUUCAAGACUUACGAAAACGGCUUAGUGGAAAUUAAAUUAUGCGUGACUUAUAGAAUGUUCUUGACGAUCUCUCUUAUCGUUUCGGGGCUGGUGAUGAUCUCGCUGGCCGUCGGAUGGCCCGGGUGUCUCCUCGGAUGCAGUAGGAAACUCGCUGGCAAAUAUUAUCCAAAAACUAACACAAUUUACGAUUACCUUUUCUCAUAGAACUGUUAUAAAAAUAAAACCAAAAAGAACA